AUGGAGGGUCAGACGAGCCCUACGGCAUCAACUGGUGGGGACAUCCUGGUACAGCUGCAGGCCCAACUACAAGUUCAACAAGAACACCUACUUCGGCAGGAGCAGAUGGUGAACGCCAUGCAGCUGCAACUGAAUGACAGUAUGACAAGGAUGCAGCGAGCUGAGGAGGAGCGCAACAUGGUGCUCAAGCUGGCUGCGAAGAAGGGUGAGGAUCUGAUGGAUAGCAAAGGUGUUGGACAACCCUUCAAGUUUUCAGGAAAAGCCGACCAAGAUUUCAGUGAGUGGAAUCAUAAAUUCAAGACAUUCAUGAAGGCCAAGUACGGUGAGGAGGUUGACAAGAUCCUGAGCUGGGCAGUGAAGCAGCGCAAGGUCAUUGUCAAGGAGAAUGACCCCUUCAGCGACAGACAAGUGGCUUGGGGCGACGUCUUUGGGGAUGGAGCCGAUUUGACAGACCAGAUCGACAACGUGGACAACAUGGUUGGUGGAUUGAUGGCCUACCUGGUGAGCUUCACGACAGGGGAGGCCAACAAGGUUGUGAGAAAUGCAGGCAGUGAUGGCGUCGAAGCUUGGCGCCGGCUGUUGAAUGAGUUCGAUCCAACAUCAGCCAUGCGGAGAGUUGUGAUUUUGGGGAUGGUUCAAAACCCCCAGAAGUGCCAGAAGAUAGAGGAUUUGGGUGCCUGCUUGGAGGAUUGGCUGUCCAAGAAACGACAGUAUGAGGAGUUCACGGAUGGCCAAGGCUGGAUCAAGGCUGCGGAUUGUUUUCAGGAGGAGGAGGCAAGAAGGGAUGUUUGGUGCCAAGGGAUCGACAAUGUGCAAGCUUUGAUGGCCCAGGACUGGCGCCAAGGGCAAGCUCAUGGAAAGAAGGGCAAGCAAAAAGGAGGUCAGGCCAAUUCGGUCGAGUCAGCUGGACAACCCGAGAAGGAGCCAGAGUUGUCUCACUUGGACCUUUGUGCUGUGGAGGAAUAUCCGAGCUUCACAGGUGAGGAUGGCAAUGAGUACCUCUCCGUGACGGUCAAUGCAGAUCGAGGCAGUGCGGGUGCAAGCAGCGGACAA